AAAUCUCCUCUAUGUUUACCCUCAGAGGCUGAAUUUUGCUAACCGACCAGCUUCUGCAAGAAACAUUACCAUCAAGAUCCAGUUUAUGUGUGGCGAAGACCCAUCCUGUGCAAUGCCGGUAAUUUUUGGGAAAUCUUCAGGUCCAGAAUUUGUGCAAGAAAUAUACACAGCUAUCACAUAUCAUAAUAAGUCCCCUGACUUUUAUGAAGAAGUGAAAAUUAAGCUGCCAGCAAAACUCACAGAGAAACACCAUCUGCUAUUCACAUUCUAUCACAUCAGCUGCCAGCCAAAGCAAGGAGCAUCUGUGGAAACCCUCAUUGGGUAUUCAUGGCUGCCGAUUCUAUUAAACGAUCGUCUUCAAACUGGGCAUUAUUGUCUUCCUGUUGCAUUGGAUAAGCUGCCUUUCCACUAUUCAAUUCACUCUCCUGAGAAAGUUCCAUGUCAGACACCACCUAUUAAGUGGGUUGAAGGGCACAAGGGUGUUUUCAAUGUUGAAGUGCAAGCUGUUUCAUCUGUUCAUACUCAGGACAAUCACCUGGAGAAGUUCUUUACUCUGUGCCAUUCUCUGGAAAGUCAAGUGACAUUCCCCAUUCGACUGAUGGACCAGAAGAUUACAGAGGCUACACUGGAACAUGAAUUGAAACUCAGCAUUAUCUGUUUGAAUUCUUCACGCCUUGAACCUCUUGUCUUGUUUUUACAUUUGGUACUAGAUAAACUUUUCCAGCUGGCUGUACAGCCCAUGGUCAUAGCUGGCCAGACAGCCAACUUCUCACAGUUUGCCUUUGAAUCUGUGGUUGCAAUAGUGAACAGUCUUCACAACAGCAAAGACCUUAGCAAAGACCAGCACGGGAGGAAUUGCCUCCUGGCAUCUUAUGUCUACUAUGUAUUUCGCCUGCCAGACCCUCAAAGAGAAGUAGUCAAACCAGGUGCAGGCAGCAGUGCCAUUUUGACAGAGUCUCGUUAUUACACAUUUGGACGCACUUCUGCAGUGUCUGUUGGGAGUAAACUCCUGCAGAGCCGAGUGAUAAGCUGCAGCAAUCCUGACAUCACUGUUGCACAAACUGCUACUGAUGAGGAGGUCAAAAACAUCAUGUCAUCCAAGCCUAUGGAUCACAGCUCCAGUCGGAUGUCUUUCUGUGUUGAAGGAACAAAUGACAUACCAAGUGUUUCUGCAAGCCCAAGACCAUCCAAUAAAAAGCAUUUCCAUGAGGAGCUGGCACUGCAGAUGGUGGUCAGCACGGGUAUGGUGAGAGAAUCUGUCUUCAAGUAUGCCUGGUUCUUCUUUGAGCUCCUGAUAAAGAGUAUGGCUCAGUAUGUUCACAACAUAGAGAAGCAAGACAACCCACGAAGAAGCCGGUUCUCCGAUCGCUUCAAAGAUGAUAUUACCACUAUAGUUAGUGUGGUUACUUCUGAGAUUGCUGCACUUUUAGUCAAACCACAGAAGGAAAGUGAGCAAGCAGAAAAAAUUAAUAUCAGCCUGGCAUUUUUCUUGUAUGAUCUUCUUUCUUUAAUGGACCGAGGAUUUGUGUUUAAUCUCAUCAAACAUUACUGUAAUCAGCUCUCAAACAAACUGAAUUCACUCUCCACCCUGAUUUCCAUGAGACUGGAGUUCCUGAGGAUUCUCUGCAGCCAUGAGCAUUACCUCAAUCUGAACCUCUUCUUCAUGACCUCCACAUCUGCUCCAGCAUCCCCUUCCCCCUCCUUAUCCUCCCAGAACUCUAGCUCCUGCUCUAGUUUCCAGGACCAGAAAAUUGCUGGUAUGUUUGACCUCUCAGCCGAAUACCGUCAGCAGCACUUUCUGACCGGCUUACUUUUCACUGAAUUGGCAGCAGCACUGGACACAGACAGCGAGGGGAUUAGCAAGGUGCAAAGAAAAGCUGUCAGUGCUAUCCUUAGCCUGCUGAGUUCCCAUGACCUAGAUCCACGUUGCUCCAAAAAAGAGGUGAAGAUUAAAAUUGCAGCUCUCUACCUCCCUUUGGUUGGUAUAAUUUUGGAUUCACUGCCACAGCUCCAUGAUUUUACAAUUUCAGAUGCCCGCAGUGGAAAGGGACGCACAGGAAACCCAGAAGAAGAACAAGAGUCUGCAGGUGCAAUCAAUCAAAAUGUGGCUCUUGCCAUUGCAGGGAAUCAGUGCAACCUCAGGACCUCUGGAAUGUCUCUGGUGUCCCUGCCCUACAGACAGAGUGCUACAUUAGGUCCUGAUACUACUCGCAACCUUUUGAUCUGUUUCCUCUGGAUCAUGAAAAAUGCUGAUCAGAAUCUAAUACAGAAAUGGAUUGCAGACCUUCCAUCCAUGCAGUUGAACAGGAUUUUAGACCUCCUCUUCAUUUGUGUCUCAUGCUUUGAGUACAAGGGCAAACAAAGCUCAGAUAAAGUUAGCACCCAAGCACUCCAGAAGUCACGAGAUGUUAAGGCCCGAUUAGAGGAGGCUUUACUGAGAGGUGAAGGAGCCAGAGGAGAAAUGAUGAAGCGCUGCAGAACUCCAGCUGGGAAUGACAGAUCAGCAGGGCUAAAUGAGAACCUGCGCUGGAGAAAGGAGCAGACUCACUGGCGGCAGGCAAAUGAGAGACAAGAUAAGACAAAAGCUGAGCUAGAUCAAGAAGCUCUGAUCAGUGGAAACCUGGCAACUGAAGCUAACCUGAUCAUUCUUGAUAUGCAAGAGAACAUCAUCCAGGCAAGCUUUGCAGCAGAGUGCAGAGACAAUCUUUUGGGAGGAGUUUUGAAGGUCCUGGUAAAUUCUCUUGGCUGUGAUCAGAGCACCACUUACCUGACUCAUUGCUUUGCUACACUCAGAGCACUCAUUGCUAAGUUUGGAGAUUUCCUGUUUGAAGAAGAGGUCGAACAAUGUGCUGACCUGUGUCAAAGAGUUCUCCAUCACUGCAGCAGCAGCAUAGAUAUUACACGGACUCAAGCCUGUGCCACUCUCUAUCUCCUCAUGAGAUACAGCUUCAGCUCUACCAGUAAUUUUGCAAGAGUGAAGAUGCAGGUAACCAUGUCACUAGCCUCUCUGGUUGGCAAAUCACCUGAGUUUAAUGAGGAAUUCCUUCGACGAUCCUUACGAACCAUCCUAGCGUAUGCAGAGGAAGAUGCAGAUAUGCAGGCAACUCCAUUUCCAAUUCAGGUAGAGGAGCUGCUGUGUAAUCUGAACAGCAUCCUGUCAGAUACAGUGAAAAUGAGGGAAUUUCAGGAAGAUCCAGAGAUGCUCAUGGAUCUCAUGUACAGAAUUGCCAAAGGAUACCAGACAUCACCCGACUUGAGGCUGACUUGGCUGCAGAACAUGGCAGAGAAGCACACCAAGAGGAAGUGCUACACAGAAGCAGCCAUGUGUCUGGUCCAUGCUGCAGCCCUGGUGGCAGAGUACCUCAGCAUGCUUGAAGAUCGAAACUACCUCCCAGUGGGCAGUGUCAGCUUUCAGAACAUUUCAUCCAAUGUGCUGGAGGAAUCUGCCGUUUCAGAUGACGUUUUGUCUCCAGAUGAAGAUGGUAUAUGUUCUGGGAGGUAUUUCUCAGAAAGUGGCCUGGUAGGGCUGCUGGAACGAGCAGCAGAGCUCUUCAGCACGGGGGGAUUGUAUGAAACUGUGAAUGAGGUGUACAAAAUUGUCAUCCCCAUACUGGAAGCACAUCGAGAUUUCAGGAAGCUUACCUUGACACACAGCAAGCUACAGAAGGCCUUUGACAGCAUUAUUAAUAAGGGUCAAAAGCGAAUGUUUGGAACUUACUUCCGUGUUGGUUUCUAUGGAUCCAAAUUUGGGGACUUGGAUGAACAGGAAUUUGUUUAUAAGGAGCCUGCAAUUACCAAACUUCCUGAGAUUUCUCACAGAUUAGAGGGAUUUUAUGGCCAGUGUUUUGGGGAGGAUGCUGUGGAAGUGAUUAAGGACUCUGCUCCUGUAGACAAAAGAAAGCUGGAUCCCAAUAAGGCAUACAUACAAAUUACUUUUGUGGAACCAUAUUUUGAUGAGUAUGAGAUGAAAGACAGGGUAACCUAUUUUGAGAAGAACUUCAACCUCUGUCGGUUCAUGUACACUACACCUUUCACCAUGGAUGGGCGCCCCAGAGGAGAGCUUAGCGAGCAAUACAAGAGGAACACCAUCUUAACCACAAUGCAUGCUUUCCCCUACAUCAAAACUAGAAUUAAUGUAAUCCAAAAAGAAGAGUUUAUUUUAACCCCAAUUGAAGUUGCUAUUGAAGAUAUGCAGAAAAAAACACAGGAACUAACUGCAGCCACACACCAAGAGCCACCAGAUGCCAAAAUGCUCCAGAUGGUUUUGCAGGGCUCAGUUGGAGCUACUGUAAAUCAGGGACCGCUAGAGGUAGCGCAAGUGUUCCUGGCUGAAAUUCCAGCAGACCCCAAACUUUAUCGACAUCACAACAAGCUGAGGUUGUGCUUCAAAGAGUUUAUAAUGAGGUGUGGUGAAGCAGUGGAGAAAAACAAGCGCCUUAUUACUGCUGAUCAGCGGGAGUAUCAGCUAGAGCUCAGAAAGAACUACGGGAAGCUGAAGGAGAACUUGAGGCCCAUGAUUGAGAGGAAGAUCCCAGAACUGUACAAACCGGUAGUGAAAGUCCAUAGCACAAGGGAAUCUUUUCGUAACCACAGUUUUAGGAAAUAUGAAGCCCAGACGUCUUCACAAAGCACUUAA